AUGGAUCCUCGUUCGCCCUCACUCGAUAACUUGGAUGGGCUGAAUGCGCAUACAUCCGAUCAGUUGGACACUCUCAAUCCAGCAUCCCACGACUCGGUCACCUCCUUCACCUCGACUCCCUCCCGAUCCCUCAGCACCAAGAAAGUCGGCACCCCUUUACCCGCCAACCUACUGCCCUCGGCGCCUGCAUCACCCCCGACACCAGCGCCGAGUCCGACCCCCCAUCAGAGACCCCCGAACUGGCACACGGCCGACGAUGAGGAGAAUGGCUUCUUGUUGAAUCUUCGCAUCCAUUUCAGUACAUUGUCGAAUGCCCGGAAACAAAAACUCCUGGAGGGUCUUUUGGACGUAUGCGACAGUCAACAGUUAAGCUUCGUGUCGAGUUACGUGGGCCCUCGAUUGAGAAAGGACCCAUUCCAAGUAUUUCCCAAUGAGUUAUGCUUAAGGGUUCUCUCCUUUAUCGACGACCCCAAAACUCUGGCCAGAGCCUCGCAGGUUUCGAGACGCUGGCGAGAACUACUCAACGAUGACAUCACCUGGAAAAAUCUAUGCGAAAAACAUGCAUAUUCAGUGCGUCGAGUCCUGGAAGAGGAAGGGGACCUCGUCGACCCCUUCACCGCCCAUCCGGUGGACUCGGCCCCCGGCGCACGCACCUUCGGGAUGCAGAGGCGCUUGACCGCGUCAAACGGCACUGAGAGCGCCCCGGAACUUCCCCGCACUCUGUCUGGAGAAUGGUUGCCUCCGACGAGCUUUCCUUCCAGAAGACGUCGCACCAGGCCAGUCUCUUAUCGCUCACAGUUCAAGCAAAAAUACAUGGUCGAGUCCGCCUGGAAUAAAGGUGGUCGAUGCACCCAGCGCCAUAUCACCCCGGAUCAGGGCGUGGUCACAAGUCUUCAUCUCACUCCGAAGUAUAUCGUGGUGGCCUUGGACAAUGCUAAAAUCCAUGUAUAUGACACAAGUGGAGACAACCAGAAGACUCUCCAGGGACAUGUUAUGGGAGUCUGGGCCAUGGUACCAUGGGAUGAUAUCCUAGUCAGCGGAGGCUGUGAUCGCGAAGUUCGAGUUUGGAACAUGGCUACAGGGGCUGGAAUCCACCUUCUUCGAGGCCACACUUCAACUGUCCGAUGCUUGAAGAUGUCUGAUCGAAACACUGCUAUCUCAGGAUCGCGAGACACAACACUCCGCAUUUGGGACCUUGCCACUGGUACCUGUCGCAACGUUCUUGUCGGCCACCAGGCUAGUGUCAGAUGUCUUGCGAUCCACGGCGAUCUGGUCGUUUCGGGUAGUUAUGAUACCACGGCGCGUAUAUGGAGUAUCUCGCAAGGUCGCUGUCUGCGCACGCUCUCUGGUCACUUCAGCCAGAUUUAUGCAAUUGCCUUUGACGGCCGGCGCAUAGCUACCGGAAGUUUGGAUACUAGUGUUCGGAUUUGGGAUCCACACUCCGGUCAGUGCCAUGCCAUUUUGCAAGGUCACACAUCUUUGGUUGGGCAGUUACAGAUGCGGGACGAUACUUUGGUAACAGGUGGUUCGGAUGGUUCUGUGCGUGUCUGGUCGUUGACCAAGAUGGCACCCAUUCACCGACUUGCCGCCCACGACAACAGCGUGACCAGUUUGCAAUUCGACAAGACCCGCAUUGUCAGUGGUGGCAGCGAUGGUCGUGUCAAGGUUUGGAACCUGCAGACUGGCCAGUUACUUCGCGAGCUAUCUUCUCCUGCUGAGGCGGUUUGGCGAGUCGCCUUUGAGGACGAAAAGGCAGUUAUCAUGGCGAGUCGAUCUGGUCGUACUGUCAUGGAGGUCUGGUCCUUCUCCCCACCACCAGAAGAAUACGAUGACGCCAUCGAAAGUGCCUCCAGCACACCCGGUUUCAGCUCUGUCGACGACAGCGAGCUGUCGGUAAAACCGCGCCACCGACUAUUCUCCGACCCCCCGCCAUCCAUGGUCAAUGAUAGUGACUCGCUGAUGCCCGACGCCUCAUAA